CUGACGCUUUACCGCAUAGAAUAACCUUUUCCCCCGGGUAAUAAAUGGCCUAUAGGGUUCUUGCAAGAUCAAGAUUUCCUCCAAAAUGGCGAUCCGAUUCGUCCUUCUGGUGAACAAGCAGGGCCAGACGCGAUUGGCGCAGUACUACGAGCAGCUCACGAUCGACGAGCGCCGGGCGCUGGAAGGCGAGAUCGUCCGCAAGUGCUUGGCGCGCACGGAGAAUCAGUGUUCGUUUGUAGAGCAUCGGAAUUACAAGGUCGUGUAUCGGCGCUACGCCUCCCUCUUCUUCCUCAUUGGAGUGGACAGCGAAGAGAACGAGCUAGCGAUUCUGGAGUUUAUCCAUUGCGUGGUGGAGACGAUGGAUCGCUACUUCGGCAAUGUGUGCGAGCUCGAUAUCAUGUACCACUUGGAGAAAGCCCACUUCAUCCUUGAAGAAAUGGUGAUGAAUGGCUGCAUUGUAGAGACCAACAAGAGCAAUAUCCUGGGGCCUAUACAGCUCAUGGACAAAUCCUUCUAGUAAAAAGUACGCGGUGCUUUUUCUUGUCUUUUACCCCGAGGUAGAUUUCACGCUGCCACGAAUUGGAAAUCUCGACGUGCUUGGUCGUUUUUGCCA